CGGCUCCCGUAGGCGUGCGCCGGUGGGAGCGGGGCUGCAGCCUGUUGCGGAGCCGGCGCGGCUGCGGGUGGUGGCGGUGCUGUGUCGUGCCUGGGGGACAUGGUGGGCUCCAGCGAGGCCGGGGGCGAGCCGUGGCGCGGCCGCUACUACCGGCUGGAGGAGGUGCAGAAGCACAACAACAGCCAGAGCACCUGGAUCAUCCUGCACCAUCGUAUCUACGAUGUCACCAAGUUUCUAGAUGAGCACCCAGGUGGUGAAGAGGUCCUUAGGGAGCAAGCUGGGGGAGAUGCUACUGAGAACUUUGAAGAUGUUGGCCAUUCUACAGAUGCAAGAAAACUGUCAGAAACCUUUAUUGUUGGGGAACUUCAUCCGGAUGAUAGAGGGAAGCUUCAGAAACCAACAGAAACUCUUAUUACCACUACUCAGUCCAAUUCCAGUUCAUGGUCCAACUGGGUGAUCCCGGCAAUAGCAGCAAUUAUUGUGGCCCUGAUGUAUCGUUCCUACAUGUCGGAGUAAGCGCCUUACAGAGAACUAAUGCAAGAAGAGACUGAUCUGGGAGAGAAUAUAAGCAAUCCUAACCCAGUAUGUUCCCAGACAAAAGCCUGAUGUCUGAAGAGAAAUUCAACUUUUUCAGAAAACUGAACAAUUCUUUUCUGCUGUGCACUUUUCUUAAUGUUGCCUUCUUAUUUGCUGUUCUGAAGGGAUAAAGAGGCAGCAUUUCUUUUUGUAUAACAAUUUUAUUCUCCAAUGAAUUAUUUGAUUACUGUAUGGGUUUCUGUGUUAGAAUAUUGGUUUGUAUGUAACACUCUGAUUGUGUUUCCCUUUAACCUGUAAAGAGAGUCCUAUGGACCCCAUUACUUAUAAAUUUUACAGCUUUAAAUGACUACCAAAACUGUGUACAUGUAUUUGUCCAUGUACACAACUUCAAUUAACUUACUACAUUUAAGAAAACAUAAUUUUUAUGUUUGAAUGAAAUGCUAAUUAAAUGUAAUUAAAAAAAAGCAGAGUUGGAGUAGUAGGUACUGGUGCCCAUAAGUGAUUGGUCCCUACCAAUCAGGCUAUAAUGAGCUGACUUUUUUUUUUUUUCCCCCUUUCCUCUUGACAUCUUCUCUUAUAGUUGUUGUAGAUGCUGCUACUAGCAAACCAUUCUCUUGGCUCACAUGGAAAACUUCAGGUGAUACAUGAAACCCAAUGUUUGGCUCAAUUAUGUCUGUCUCAGUUUUGUGAAGAGUAGCUGUUUUUUGCAAAAAAAAAAAAAAAAAAAAGGCAGAAAAAAGUAACUGCUAUGAAAUAAUACUGUUCCUGCCAAGCACUCAGGUGACUAAAUUUUUUCUGGAACUUUUAGACUUUUACGAAAUCUUCACCUUUGUCAUGUACAUUGUGGGGGGGGGAAAACAUGGAAUCUGUUUCUGACUGUUCUAUGAUGUGCUCCUUGGUGCUUUACUAUGAAGAGAUGACUAUUUUCACUGCUAAAUACAAGAUAACUGAAAGUUUGCAUUUUGUGGUGAACAUUUUUAGCCAUAUGUAAAUGAUCAUGAAUAAAAGUUUAAUUGCUUAUU